AUGCCCAAUCGUUGUGCCGCAUAUGGCUGUGGAAAGUCAUAUAGCGACAAUGUUACACUGUUUAAAUUUCCCAAAGACCCUGACGAGUUUCGAAAAUGGGAGAAGCAAGUCCAGCGGACCCGCAGCAAUUGGACUGCCAAAGCAUUCUCGCGUUUGUGCUCUGAGCAUUUUGGAAAGGACUGUUUUGAGCCGAGACCCACCGCUCUCGCAAAAGCAAUGGGUAGCAAAGGACUCAAGCUCAAAGAAGGAGCCGUUCCAACGGUUUUCAUCCGACCACCCUGCAGCGUCUGUGGAGGUCAUGGUGCCAGCUGCCCUGCAUGCACCCCAAAAACCAAGAGGAAAGGUGUAUGGAUUGAGCCCCAGGACUGUGGUGCAGAUGAUGUCAUAGAGUGGCCAGAGGAUGGGCAGCGCAAAGACCCAGAUACCACAGAUGAAGAUGAAGAUGAAGAUGAAGAAUAUGCCGAAGAUGGUGAUGAGUCACACAGAUCUGCUGAAGAGAGCGUUGUUAACCCUUUGUUAGCACCACUGUCACCUGCAGCAGACGAUGAUGAAUCUGACUCUGAAGCUGUGUGUGAGAUGUGUGGUUUCACCGGAACACGAGACACAUUCUAUUCCAGAACCAAGCGCUUCUGCAGUGUGUCGUGUUCACGUUCCUACUCUUCAAACUCUAAGAAAUCCUGCAUUCUUGCACGCCUGCAGGGAAGGCCGCCUACAAAGAAGGCUAAAGUUUUACGUAAAGUUUCUCUGACCACUAAAUUUGGGAGUCCCCCUAUGUUUCAAGGCAUGGGGCACCCGCAGUACAGCACUACCACUGACCGAGAUGCGUCGUCGGGCUUUGACUGGGGUCGCUAUCUGGAGAAAACGGGCUAUCUUGCGGCUCCUGUGGCCUGUUUUAGACACGUCCCUCUCUGUGCACAGUGGGAUGAUGUCACUGUGGGCCUGAAACUGGAGGUUCUGAACACACACACUUCUCUGGCCAGCAAAGUGUAUUGGAUUGCCACUAUUGUGCGCUUGGCAGGCUACAAGGCCCUUUUGCGUUACGAGGGCUUAAAGCAUGACAGCACCCAGGACUUUUGGUGUAACUUGGGCACUGCCGACAUACACCCAAUAGGCUGGUGUGCAGUGAACAGCAAGCUUCUGGUUCCUCCACAGCGUACCCAUCAAGUGACUGACUGGAGGGCGUACCUGAUGAAAAGGCUAGUAGGAGCACGCACGCUGCCUGCCGACUUUCACGUCAAGCUGUCAGACAGUAUGAGGUACCCGUUCAGACAGGGCAUGCGCGUGGAGGUGGUGGACCGCUCGCUGGUCAGUCGGACACGUUUGGCGGUGGUGGACACCGUGAUUGGGGGAAGACUGCGGCUACUCUACGAGGAUGCUGGACUGGGGCCUGGAGGAGAGGUCCUGUCGGACUUCUGGUGUCAUAUCUGGAGCCCACUGCUGCACCCUGUAGGCUGGUCCAGUAAAGUGGGCCACAUCAUUAAGGAAACAGACAAACGGGUCGAUAUGAGCAGCCAUCCAACAUUCCGGAAAAUCUACUGUGACACUGUCCCUGUGCUUUUCAAGAAGCCAAGGACUGUGUACAUGGAAGGAGGUUUUUUUGAGGAGCGGAUGAAACUGGAAGCCAUCGACCCCCUGAACCUGGGAAAUAUCUGUGUGGCAACUGUUCAUAAGGUGCUGAUGGAUGGAUACCUCAUGGUUGGGAUCGAUGGUGUGGAGAUAGGUGACGGCUCAGACUGGUUUUGUUACCACGCCAGUUCGCACGCCAUAUUACCCACUGGUUACUGCCAAAAAAACAACAUACCCCUCACCUUGCCUCCUGGUUAUGAUCAAGCUACAUUCACGUGGUCCAACUACCUGGAAGAGACAAGAGCUGUGGCCGCUCCACGUAGGCUCUUCAAUACGGACGCCGUAGGUCAUGGCUUUGCCCCAGGUAUGAAGCUGGAGGCAGUGGACUUGAUGGAGCCCCGUCUGGUGUGCGUAGCCACCGUCCGACGCUGCGUGGGCCGUCUGCUUCUGCUGCACUUCGAUGGCUGGGAGUCGGAGUUUGAUCAGUGGGUAGACUGCCAGUCCCCUGACAUCUAUCCAGUGGGUUGGUGUGAGGUUACUGGUUAUCAGUUACAGCCACCCAUCGGCCCAGAUCCCGCUCAGGGACAGGAGCAUCUUGGGUCGGCCAAGAAGUCUAAACUCUAUCUGGGUAAAAAGAAGGGGAAACUCGAGAAGAGAAAACUGAGUACAGACGCUCCUAAAAUUCAGCCGCCCCAGCAGGAGGACACGCCCACCACUGUACAAAUAAAGAGUGAACCAGAGGAGGAGGAAAUUAUUGCCGUAAAGGUGAAAGUGGAAGAGGUGGAGACAGAGACUCCUAUUGGUCCUGAUCGCUCCGUUUUAGAGAUGGAUGCUACUCAGGUCUCAGUAUGCGAUAUCAAAGCAGUGGAAGGGCUUCUCUGA